CGCUAAGAACUAGAAGCCAUACUUAGCAUAAUAUUAUUUGAGAAGUAAAUAUUUUGUCCUUUAUUAAUCACAUUAUUCCUUCAUAUUUACGUAGAAAAGAAAAAAAAAAUUAAUGGAAGCACAAAACGUAUCUGAAUUCGAUCUGGCUAGGCUCGACUCCAUACAAUGCUUUCUUCUCAGCGAUUUCGACUUCGAUUUCAAUUUUGAUUUCGAUUUCGAUUCAUCACCGACAAAUCCUCCGCUGAUCAAUGCGACGCCGAUCAACGACGAGAGUCAUGAUUCCGCAGGGUCGGAGGAGAAGCCGCAGAGCAUUGCGGCGGUGACGGAGUGGAAGCGGUACAGAGGCGUGAGGCGGCGGCCGUGGGGGAAGUUCGCGGCGGAGAUAAGGAAUCCGGUUAAGAAAGGGGCGAGGUUGUGGCUGGGGACGUACGAGACGCCGGAGGAGGCUGCCGUGGCGUAUGACAGAGCCGCCUUUAAGCUGCGCGGAUCUCGGGCUCGGGUCAACUUCCCGCACCUAAUCGGGUCGGGUGUUUCGGAGCCGACCAGGGUGAUGAAGCGGCGUCGGACUCGGUCUUCACAAUACCAAUCGGAAUCUUAUUCGGAAUCAUUGAAGCAUGCAACGAAGAAGAUGAAAAUUGUUGUAGCUAGCCUAAUUUAGGGCUUUUUUCUGAAAAAAUAAAAAUAAAAAUGAACUACUAUGUAAGUAAUAGAGCAGCAAAUGAUAUUAUGACUAA